AUGGAAUUUAUCAAGAACCAAAUAUGGGGGCCCGACCCCAAGGAGCAAAUGAGGAAGAUCAACCAACUACUUCGCAAAAACAAGCGAGAGAUUGACCGUUCCUUAAAUCAACUACAGCCUUUGAAGAAAAAGACCGAAGGGCUUAUAAAGAAGGCAGCAAAGGAAAAGGAUUACAAAACGGCCAAACUAUAUGCUAAGGAGUAUAUCAAUAUCAAUCGACAGUACAACAAGCUAUACACAUCAAGAACUAGAAUAGAAUCGAUCACAAUGGCAAUAAACGAACAGUGGCAAAUGAAUAAACUUACAAAAUCUAUUGGUGCAUCAACCUUAGUGAUGAAAGAUGUUAAUCUGUUGAUCCACAUUGGUGCCGUAUCACAAACCAUGCAAGAGUUGUCAAAGGAACUAACAAAAGCUGGAGUGAUUAAUGAAAUGAUGGACGAUAUGGUUGACUUGGAGAUUGAAGACGAAGAAUUGGAAGGUGAGUCGCAAGAAGAGGUUAACAAGAUUAUUACCAGCUUGACCGAGGAUAAAUUCAACAAAAUUGAGUCGGGAGUUCCGCAAGUAGAGUUUGAAGACAAGGAACAUGAGGCAACAGAGAGGGUUGGCGAAGCAGACGAAGAAGAGGAAGAAGAGGAAGAUAAUAUUGCAAUUGAUGAAAUGAGACAAAGGUUAAAGGCUUUGCAGUAA